UGUAUAUCAUGCUUGAAUCAAACUCUCGUCUUGACGAAAACAAAGGCAAUUCGAAGACCAAAACAAGAAGAACGAAGAUCCAGAUAGAAAUACAGUAGAGAUUUGCUCUCGCAUUAGAUUUCUGUGCGUUUUUACCCUAGAAACCCCUUAAGUUUUUUCCUUGGUCCUUCAGCCAUGGAAGCUGAACCAGUUUCAUCGCAAGAAGAUGUAGUCUUGGAUGCAAAACCAUUGAGAUCAUUGGCCCCUAUGUUCCCGGCACCGUAUGGAUUCAACACCGCAUUUACCUCUUUUGGUUCUGCGCCGGCUGUUUGUGUGAGUCCCUUUAGUGUUUCAUCUUCCUCUGGCGGCGGUUUCCCUCAAGGUUUCCCGCCAUUUUUCUCCACUCCAGAGUCAGCCAACCAGCAAAAAGCUGUUCCAUCUCUGCAGCGUGCUAGGACUAAUAAAACUCCAACUUCAAAUGGAUCUUACCAUUCCGAACAGAUUAAUCUUGAAGAUGAUCCUGACUACAGUGUCCAUACCUCGUCUUCUGGCCGGAAAAUUAAGCGCCCUAGAAGUUUGAAAAAGUACAAGAUUGAUGAUUCUGACAGUGAAGAUCCUGAGGGAAGUGGCAAGAAGAAAUCCCAAAUAAAGAGAAAGCCACGAAAACCCAUCGAGUUGGCCUUGAUUCCUUCCUCUUUUCUCGAUGCUCGGAAUUCAGCUGAGGAAAUACUCAUGACCUUUGAUGCGCUCCGCCGGAAGAUCCUGCAGUUAGACGAAGCAAACGACGCCAGCAAACGAUCUUACUUGAAAGCCGGGGCUAUCAUGAUGUCCAAUGAUCUCCGCGCUAAUAUUGUCAAGAGAAUAGGGCCUGUUCCUGGUGUAGAAAUUGGAGAUAUAUUUUACUUUAGAAUAGAAAUGUGCUUGGUUGGUUUACAUGCACAAAUCAUGGCAGGCAUUGAUUAUAUGUUACCCAGACUUUCUGAUGUGGAUGAAACAUUGGCUAUCAGUAUUGUGUCCGCUGGAGGCUACGAGAACGAUGAGGGCGAUACAAAUGUAUUGAUUUACACUGGCCAGGGGGGCGGGGGUAGCAGCAAGUAUGACAAAGGUCAGUUGUUUGAUCAAAAGCUUGAAAGGGGUAAUCUCGCACUCGAGAGAAGUUUGCAUAGAGGAAAUCUAGUCAGGGUGAUACGGAGUGCGAAGGAUAUGAAUCUCAUUAAUGGAAGGAUCUACAUCUAUGAUGGCCUCUACAAGAUUCAAGAAACGUGGAUGGAGAAAGCAAAGGCAGGCAAUAAUGUUUUCAAGUAUAAGUUGUUUAGAGAACCAGGGCAGCCAGAAGGAAUCGCUGUGUGGAAGCAUACUGAGAGUUGGAAAGCCAAUCCUUCUUCUAGGAGUGGUGUUAUACUCCCGGACAUAUCAUCCGGUGUCGAAACUUUACCUGUUUUUCUUGUAAAUGAGGUUGAUAAUGAGAAGGGCCCCAGCCAUUUCACAUAUGCCAUUAAAAUGAAGUAUCUGAAACCCAUAACUUCCAUGAAACCUUUACUUGGUUGCAGGUGCAUUAGCGUUUGCCUUCCUGGCGAUGCCAGCUGCUCCUGUGCUCAGCAGAAUGGAGGGAACCUUCCUUAUUGUGCAAAUGGAUUUGUUGUGAGCCGUAAACAUGUUUUAUACGAGUGCAAUAUCUUGUGCUCAUGCUCCGUUAAUUGCCGCAACAGAGUGACACAAAAAGGUAUAAAUCUUCAUUUUGAAGUUUUUAGGACGAGGGACCGUGGUUGGGGCCUUCGUUCGUGGGAUCCUAUACGUGCAGGAACCUUUAUAUGCGAGUACGUUGGGGAAGUAGUUGAUAAGAUCAAUGCGAAUAAUGAGUAUGGAGAAGAAGAUGAGUGCAUUUUUGAAGGAAAUUAUAUUGAUGAGAAGACACUAAAGUGGAAUCAUGGACCGGAGUUACUUGGUGAACCGAGCAUCAAUGAGAGUGAUAUUUUUAAGCCACUUCCCAUCAUAAUUAGCUCCAGGAAUGUGGGAAAUGUUGCUCGUUUUAUGAACCACAGUUGUUCACCUAAUGUAUUUUGGCAGCCGGUUCUACAUGAUCAUGACGAGGGAGAUUAUCCGCAUAUCAUGUUCUUUGCAAUGAAGCACAUUCCUCCGAUGAUGGAGCUAACAUUUGAUUAUGGCUUGGGAAGCGAGAAUGUGGGAACCCGAAAACCAAAGAAAUGCCUAUGUGGAUCACCGAAAUGCCGCGGAUUUUUCCGGUAGCUUUUUGCAGUACAGGCAAGGAAUGCUAAG